AUGCAGGUCAUGUCAAAGUCGACUGUCAGCUGUUCCGUAUGCAACUGCCCAUCAGCUAGCUUUCAUUUUGGUGCAAUCGUCUGCAGGGCUUGUGCUGCCUUUUUCAGGAGAUAUGUGAACAGGAAGAAGAUGAUGGUAGUGUGUAGUUGUGAUAAAGAGAAAGAUAGUCGGUAUCCCUGCAGGCUUUGUCGACUUGAGAAAUGUAUUGCUGCCGGAAUGCAAAAAUCAAAAGUUCAAGCCCCACGAGAUUCGAACUUUCAGUUCAAUAACAGAAUGAUCGAGGAUAGACAAUCAACCUCCUCCUCUUCACCUGAAACGUUUUCUAGAAUUGAGUACGGAAUCAGGUCUCGAAAUAUGGACGUAAUCAACUUGAUCGCAAGACACUACCGUAAUCUGGAAGACACUCGAGCCUCGAUAUUCAGCAGAGAUGUCAAAAGAGAAGUGAAUGUUUAUGAGUUUUCAUUAGAAUUGAAAACAGAUACAAAGUUUAUUUGGAAAUUGUGUGAGACUACUUUCCCAGAAUUCGAUAGAUUGUGUCCACAAGAUAAAAAAAUAAUAUUCUACAAUUUUUACACGAAAUGGAGUGUUCUGGAGAUAGCAAUGCUUGCGGUCAAAUUCAAUGACCCCUAUAAUUUCUACACUCCAUUGGGUUCAUCUGCUAAACCAAUAACUGAUUUUUAUGGAACAACUGUGAAAGAGAAGGAGGUUUUGGAUGGAAAUGGAAUAAAACAAAUAUUCGGUCCGAUUUGGAGUUAUUAUAUUCAAAAUGUUACCAAUCCGUUGUUGGCAUUAAAGUUUGGAGAGAUGGAAAAUAUGGCAUUGUUUGGAAUUAUGUUGUGGGACCCUGCAUAUACCAAUAUCAACGAGGAACUGUCAGAAGUAUGUCAAGCAAUGCGGAAGAUUAUCUUGCGAGAAUUGACUGUUUACUUUGAAGACAAUCAGGCAGAUGCUUUCAGAUUUUUCGAGACUUUAGAUGUAUUGAGAUUAAUCGAGAGAGCCGAGCACAAGUGUCAAGAAGAGAUUGAAUUGUGCGGAGUUUACAAUUUCGAAGUGGAUGAGGAUAUGAGAAAUAUUGUCAUGUGGGAUAAAUACUAA